GUAUAUCUUUUGAAAUCGUUGACAUGUUUAUAUGCUGAUAGGAGUUAUGAAUAUUCCCCGCAUUUGUAGUUAAAAACCCUUUACUCAUUAGUCUUCAACUAAUAUAUAAACCCUUAGUCCUCUCUGCAUAGUCUCACCAAAAUGGGUUUGGCUUCUGCUUCCGUCUCUUCAAUGCUAGCUGUUUUUCUGGCGUUGGGUUUAGUUUUGAAUUUGGGGGUGGUCUGUAAUGGAGGAAAGACCAGCACUUUUGUGAGGAAAGUGGAGAAAUCUGUGGAUAUGCCCUUUGACAGCGAUGUCUUCAAAGCGCCUCAUGGCUAUAAUGCUCCCCAACAAGUUCAUAUUACACAAGGAGACCAGCUGGGGAAGGCAGUGAUUGUAUCAUGGGUGACUGUGGACGAACCAGGUUCCAGCAAAGUGAUUUAUUGGAGCGCAAAGAGCAAGAAAAAGAUAGCUGUGGGGAAAUUUAACACCUAUAAGUACUCAGAUUACAGCUCUCCUUACAUUCAUCAUGUAACAAUCAGAAAUUUAAAGUACAAUACCAAAUAUUACUAUGAGGUUGGAAUUGGACACACAACGCGGAAGUUCUGGUUUGUAACUCCUCCGCCAGUUGGGCCAGAUGUUCCUUACACUUUUGGUCUAAUAGGGGAUCUGGGCCAGACAUUUGAUUCAAAUAAGACAGUCACUCAUUAUGAAUUAAACCCACAAAAAGGACAAGCAUUAUUGUUUCUUGGUGACCUCUCUUAUGCUGAUCACUAUCCCAAGCAUGAUAAUAACAGAUGGGAUUCGUGGGGAAGAUUUGUGGAGAGAAUUACUGCUUAUCAACCUUGGAUAUGGACUGCAGGGAAUCAUGAACUUGAUUUUGAACCAAAAAUUGGUGAAACUAAACCAUGGAAGCCUUUCACUAACCGGUAUCGUACCCCAUUUAAGGCAUCAGGGAGUACUGCCCCUUUUUGGUACUCUAUCAAGAGAGCUUCGGCACACAUUAUUGUCUUAUCUUCAUAUUCAGCAUAUGGUAAAUACACUCCUCAGUACUCAUGGCUGGAGGAGGAGCUACCAAAAGUUAACAGGACUGAGACCCCAUGGCUGAUUGUUUUACUACACUCCCCAUGGUAUAAUAGCUACAAUUACCACUACAUGGAAGGAGAGACCAUGAGAGUGAUGUAUGAGGCUUGGUUUGUGAAGUACAAAGUUGACGUGGUAUUUGCUGGUCAUGUCCAUGCUUAUGAACGAACUGAGCGUAUUUCCAACAUUGCAUAUAACAUUGUGAACGGUAUUUGUGUCCCCGUGAAAGAUCAGUCUGCACCUGUGUACAUCACCAUUGGUGAUGGAGGAAAUAUUGAAGGCUUAGCUACCAAUAUGACAGAACCACAGCCAGCAUACUCGGCUUUUAGAGAGGCUAGUUUCGGUCAUGCCACAUUUGGCAUCAAGAACAGAACCCAUGCUUACUACAGUUGGCACCGUAACCAAGAUGGGUAUGCAGUGGAAGCCGACUCUAUGUGGUUUUUCAACAGAUACUACCAUCCUGUUGAUGAUUCUACAAGUGCUCAAUCAUGAUGUUAGGAUUAGCCGAUUAGAAAUAUCAUGUUGCUCUGGAAUAAAAUGUUAUCUCUUUUUGUAUAUGUAUUCAAUUUUUGAGUGCGUUAAAUGUCUCUUUGUCUACUUCAACCGUGAGGGCAUGUUUAGAGAUUGAAAGGGAAAUCCCAUAUGAACUCGGAAAAUUCCAUAUGAGAAAGGACUCCUCCACAUAGGGGCAGAAGGAAAAAAUUUAG